AAAAUCAGACAUGAGAACGGAGAGACCUAGGAGGAGCUCGUCUAUGUUUUCCCCUUUCUAAGUCUCUCAAACACCUUUGUUUUCUCCGUCUCUCUCUCUGCAAACUCACUAUUCCUUCCAUAUCUUCAUCUUCCAUAUCCAUCGCUACUUCCGUUAAAUAAUUAUUCCCAUAUUUUCGGUUUACGAAUCUAGGGUUAAUUAUUGUGUUCAGUAUCGAAGAUUGAAUCUUUGAUAUCGACAAUUUUUAGUUAGGGUUUUUAAAAUUAAAAGAAAAGAAUUGGGGGAGUUAUGUAUAGAGAUCGGGGAGGUGGAGCAAAAUCGGAGAUUGUAGGUGGAUCUUUGGAUCGAAAGCGUAUAAAUGAUGCGCUGGAUAAGCACCUAGAGAAGUCUUCCCCUUCCACUUCUAGGGCCUUAACUUCUAGGGAUAAGGACAGAUUGUCCGUACCCUCUACUUCCACCGGUAAAUCGCAGCUCGAUCAUCGCGAUUCUCGCGCUGCUUCGAUUGCCAAGAACAAGUGCUCAGAUGAGGAAUCUGAAACAGACAGUGAAGGAUCGGAUGUUAGUGGUUCAGAUGGAGAUGACACAUCAUGGAUCUCAUGGUUUUGUAAUUUAAGAGGAAACGAAUUCUUCUGUGAAAUAGAUGAUGAAUACAUCCAAGAUGAUUUUAAUCUCUGUGGACUGAGCAGCCAAGUUCCAUACUAUGAUUAUGCUCUUGAUCUAAUAUUGGAUGUUGAAUCUUCUCAUGGUGAUAUGUUCACUGAAGAACAGAAUGAAUUGGUGGAAUCAGCAGCAGAAAUGUUGUAUGGUCUCAUUCAUGUCCGAUAUAUACUGACCAGCAAGGGAAUGUCUGCUAUGUUAGAGAAGUAUAAAAACUAUGAUUUUGGUAGAUGUCCUAGAGUUUACUGCUGUGGACAACCAUGCCUUCCUGUUGGUCAAUCAGACAUUCCUCGUUCAAGUACUGUUAAAAUAUACUGUCCAAAAUGUGAAGAUAUAUACUAUCCUCGAUCAAAAUACCAAGGCAAUAUUGAUGGUGCAUAUUUUGGGACUACAUUUCCUCACCUAUUUCUUAUGUCGUAUGGACACUUAAAGCCUCAAAAGGCAACACAGAGUUAUACCCCAAGAGUUUUUGGUUUCAAGCUCCACAAGCCCUGAGUUGGGCGUUGCCAGGUGCAAUUGCAUUGAGAUGUCCUCUUGUCCAUCUGCAGUGGCAUUCAAAUUGAUCACGUGCUUCUGUUGAAGCAUGAAAGGCCAAUCAAGUGAGGUAAAGCGGGGUAGUUUCGGAAGUACAACAAUUGAUUUGAAAGUGAAAAUGUUUAAAAUGCUAGAUUCCCUACUGGUACGGUAUACCCAUCUUUAAAUUUUAUUCCUGAAUUUAACAGUGAUUGUAAGCUUAUUUCCUUCACUGCUUUGAAGAUUGUUUGAAGUGUUUUUCGUUGUAGUUCUUGUUUUUUGUUUGUCUUUGUUUUUGUAUGCGUUACGCCCUUGACAGUAGCACUUUGAAAUCUUGGGUGUAGAAUCUUGUGUGCCUGUGCCUGCACUGUUCCUUUUAUGAAUGUAAUUUUUCUGAAGCAAUGUGCAGGCACAGUAGUUGAAGUCCAUGAAGGGGAAAAGAAAUAGGAACGGUUUUGUAUUGUGGCUAUAAAUUUUCCCAGGUUAUAAUUCUUUUAUAUACUAUUGUACCAGUGAAGCUGUAACUUUGUUUACAAAAUCUUGUUAUGGAGUGACCAAUGAAGUAGUUGAUUUUGAUUA